AAUUCUCGGACAGGACGGCUCUCCCCAUCCCUCUGCCAUGUCCCAGGAGAGGUUUCCAGCCGCGCCCAAAAUGAGCUCUGAGAAACCCACCAGCUUAGAUGCGAUGCGUGCAACAAAUCCAUGCGAGACCCCCAUUCAGCUGCUGCAUGAAUUUGGAACAAAGACUGGUAACCAUCCCGUGUACACCUUAGAGAAAGCAGAAGGACAAGCACAUAACCCUAGUUUCACAUUUCGGUUGGUUAUUGGUGACAUAACUAGCUUAGGAGAGGGACCUAGCAAGAAAACUGCAAAACAAAAAGCAGCUGAAUUUGCACUGAACAUAUUACGAGGCGACACUAGCAAGUGUCUGCCUGUAACGGAUACUUUAAGGGAUCCCAAGAAACCACCAAAUCAGAUGCAGGAAAAUCCUGUUGGCUCACUACAGGAAUUAGCUGUGCAAAAAGGAUGGCGCCUCCCAGAAUAUACCGUGGCACAAGAGUCUGGCCCUCCUCACAAGAGAGAAUUCACCAUAACUUGCCGUGUGGAAACCUUUGUAGAAACUGGAUCGGGAACCUCUAAACAAGUGGCUAAAAGGGUUGCUGCAGAGAAACUCCUUACCAAAUUUAAGACCAUUUCAACUGAUAAUAUACCUCUGAACAAGCUGAUUGGAAAUAAAAUGGGCUGCACCUGGGACAGCAUGAGAAACUCAUCUGGGGAAAAGAUAAGCAUGCUGAAAAGAAGCCCUCUCAGUAUUCCCAACACUGAUUAUGUGAAAAUGCUCAAAGAUGUAGCCGAAGAACUAGACUUCAACCUCACCUAUUUGGAUAUAGAUGAACUGAGUGUUAAUGGACAGUACCAAUGUCUUGCUGAACUGUCCACAAAUCCCAUAACUGUGUGCCACGGAACUGGGAUCUCUUGUGGCAAUGCACACAAUGAUGCUGCACACAAUGCACUGCAGUAUUUAAAAAUCAUGUGUAUUAAAAAGUGACCUUUCAGGAGAGAUUCCCAGCAAAACCUUCUCCUAGCAACAUUUUCUCUCUUCCACCCCAAAAAUUGAAUUAAGUAUUGUUACACAGAAAUUUUUCUGGGGACAUUAUUGAAAUGACUGCAGUUAAAUUUACCUUGGGUUAGCGCCACUUUGCUGGUGCCCCAUUGGCUAAAUGUAAUGGUUGUAGCUUCAUGUUUGUUAUGGAUUUGAUUUGUUUUUGCUUUGUACUUUUGUUCAAAAUGAAUUCCUUAUUUAAAACUUUUUUGAAUUUCACUGAAGGAACACUUUGCAGAAUGGUCCUAUCUAUAAGCUUUAAAAAAAGGAGGGACUUUUUCUUUUAACGUGCAUUUUUAAAAAAAGGAAUGUAUCUAUUCAUUGUUUAAUAAAUUUGUUUUGAAGAGAA